AAAUAUUGUGUUGGCAGUUUGUGGGUGUGCGCUGAACCGGACAUUUAGUGAUUACAAUCUACCCCUUUCCAAGCCUAGUUAAGCUGCACCCUUGGCCUCUUCACGCGCUCUAAGGCCCAGCCCUCCAAAGGGAUUUAGGUGCUGGAACCAAUGGGCGUAAGGCGCCUGAGCACCGAGACGGGUUUGCCGGAUCGGGGCCCGACACGGCAAGCGCCGCGGGGGCAGGUCCCAGCAGCAGCCGCCACCCCGAUUCGCUGCUGACAUCCGAGGCGGUUCUUCUUUGCGAGCUCUCCCCGCUGCCACCGCCGGGCCGGGGAGAGCAGGUUGGGGGGGGGUCCGGCUUGUCCCCUCGGCUAGGCUCGUGCAGCGCCCCGCGCACCCGCAAUUCAGCCCCCUCCCCCGAGUAAUUAGCUGCGGACAGUCCGGGGCGGGGGCUCCGUACCCGGCCCUGUCCGCGCUGGGCCUAAGCGGGCCGCCGGCCUCCCUCGGCUCGGGCGCCACAGGCCUAGCGGCGCUGCAGCCUCCCGCGCGGCCCGGCGGAGGCUCCGCAGGCAGCGGGGCGGGGCCAGGCACGCCGGGUAGGAGGCCGCUCGGCCCGGCCGGAACCCGCCUCGGCGGCCUCGUGGCGGCGGCGACUCGAUUCGGCUGGAGCGCGGCCCGACAGUAAAAUGGAGGAGUUGAACCAAGCACUGGCUUCCAGCUUCGCUGUGUCUCAGGACCUGAACAGCACAGCAGCCCCUCACCCCCGACUGGCACAGUACAAGUCCAAGUACAGUUCCUUGGAGCAGGCAGAGAGGAGACGUCGGCUCCUGGAACUUCAGAAAUCUAAGAGAUUGGACUAUGUGAACCAUGCCAGGAGACUGGCAGAGGAUGACUGGACUGGAGCUGAGAGGGAGGAGGAGGAAGGUGAAGAUGCGGGCCGUGAGGAUAUGGACAUUGACGUGGGCAAGAAGUUGCCAAAGCGCUAUGCUAACCAACUAAUGCUUUCUGAGUGGCUGAUUGAUGUCCCCCCAGAUCUGGAACAAGAAUGGAUCCUGGUGAUGUGUCCCAUGGGGAAAAGGGCACUGAUUGUGGCAUCCAGGGGCUCCACUGCAGCUUACACCAAGAGUGGAUUUUGUGUCAACAGGUUCCCCUCCCUCUUGCCAGGGGGAAACAGGCGUAAUUCGGCAACUGGGAAAGACUACACGAUCUUGGACUGUAUCUACAGCGAAGUGAACCAGACGUACUACAUCCUUGACGUGAUGUGUUGGAGGGGGCAUCCCGUUUAUGACUGUCAGACAGAUUUCCGAUUCUAUUGGCUUCAUUCUAAGAUACAAGAAGAGGAAGGGCUGGCAGAGAAAAGCAGAAUUAAUCCAUUUAAAUUUGUGGGCCUGCAGAGUUUCCCCUGCACCCCAGAGAGCCUAUGCGAGGUGCUGGCCAUGGAUUUCCCCUUUGAGAUAGAUGGGCUCCUCUUCUACCAUAAACAAACCCACUACAGCCCUGGCAGCACCCCACUAGUGGGCUGGCUCCGACCCUACAUGGUAUCAGACAUCCUUGGGAUGACUGUGCCAGCUAAUCCGUUAACUACCAAACCAGACUAUGCCAGGCACCAGCUCCAGCAGAUCAUUGAGCAUAAGAAGAGUAAAAAGCUGGCAGGAGAGGAGGGAUGCUCGAGCUCCAAGGAGGUGGCUGAGAACGGACGUUAUGAGUUGGAACACUUGUCUACACCUCGUCCGGCAGAAUCUCCCAACAGCCAAGUUGAGACAGCAAGCCGGAUGGAGAGCUAGACUACUGUAGUGGGAUGGUUUUAUUGAGAGGGUGAGGGGCCACAGCGCAGCCAUCUCGUUUUCCAUUGCUGCUCAUGCUGGCUGGGAGGAGGAUAAUAGUGAUCACUGGAUGGCUCUGUUUUAAGUGCCUUUAAGGGAAAUAGGUCAGCUUUAACAGUUGGUGCAAGGACUGUCACUUCUGUGGAGAUGCUAAGGCUUAGUCCUACCUGCUGAAGAAAUCUGCUCUUGGGAUUGUACCCUGUGCCAAACUGCAUGGUUACUCAUUUAGAACCUGAUCCUGUUCCUAUUGGACUCCAUGGCCAAAACUCCAUUCUCAGAGCAGGAUUCAGACACCUCUUUGUAAACUGAACACCAAAUACCAGGCCUCAGACAAACCUUAUUAGGCUGAAAAUCUGGGGCAUUUCCACCUCCAAUCCAGUGGUUUCCACUUAAGACCCUUUUGAUGAAAGUUUUGUGGUCAAUCUGAUUCUGGUUUCAGAGGGUUGCACUAUAAGUCUAAAAUCUGAAGGCUGUGUUUGACACCCACAUGUUAGUGAGAAACAGACUUUCCUUGCAUCAGAACAGGCCCCUGUAUUGAAAAAUGGCCGUGUGCAAAAAGAACUCAGCAUAAUUUUAUUCUCUGACCCCUUUUUGCAAUAGGGGAAAUGCCCAAGUCAUGUUGAAUUUUUUUUUUAUUUUUUGUGGUUGAAUGUGCAGAAUAAAGUGUUUCACAUAAAUAUUAA